CUUCCGGUAAGCGGUGACGAUGAAAAUUUAGUUUGAACCUGAAAAGAAAAGAAACAAUAAUUUGAAAGUUUAUCGUAUCCUCAGCAGCAUGUCAGGCCAAGAUGAGAGUGCCCUUAUUGAGAGGGUAUUUCUCCGUAUUGGAUCUGCAGAAACAGACGAGCAAUUUCAGACAGCACUUGGAAAAUUUCUAUCCCCUGUGAUUCUGAAACUGAACAGCUCAGAUGAGUCUGUGAGGAAGAAGGUGAUGGAGCUUUUGGUCCAUAUCAACAAGCGCUUGAAAAGUCGUCCGAAUGUACAGCUUCCAGUGGAUACACUAAUCACACAGUUCCAGGAUCCUUCAGCAUCCUCCAUUAUAACGAACUUUUCCAUCAUCUACAUCAAGAUGGGGUUUCCUCGCUUGGACAAGGAGAAGCAAGCCACCCUUGUUCCAGUCCUCAUCAACUGUCUAAAGGGCAAGCCACAGUCACAGAGAGAUAAUCUAUUACAACUUUUGAUACCAGCAAUGCAGUACAUCAAGUUCCCGAGCGAUGCUAAACAGCGACAAUCUGUGUACGGCCUGACGGAUCAGCAUCAGACAUCGGGAGUGUUACUGGACUAUAUGAUGGAUCUUCUUCUCCUCCCAUAUAGUGCCCAUGUAGCAGGCAUUCAGAACAGGCCUUCCUCUGCUCAGCCUGAUUCAACCCCUCCACCCCCUGCACCAGUCACUCCGCCUGGUCUCAGCGAGCAGUCCUUCAAGAGAGUGUCAGGAGACAAUGCCCUCAUACCUGAAGCACUUGAAAAGGCAAAGAUUGGCGUGCUCAAGUUCCUGGCGGGAGGUAUUCUGGCUGAUGAGGAUGUUGUUUGUCACUAUGUUGUAGCUGCUGCAGAUACCAGACAUAGUGUGGCUACAGCUGCUGACAUGGAAUUGAAAAGGAUAUUAGGGAGUAUAGACUGGAACAACCAGGCCAUUAUAAAGAAGCUGUUCAGUGUGUUUCAAGGCACAGUUGACAUUAAGGGCAAGACAGAAACAAAAGCUGAAUUAAAAAGAAAACCAGUUUGCACUCGUAUACGUCUGAAGAUAUUCCCGUAUUUCCUGAAAUCAAGAGAAGCUUGCGUCACAUUUCCAUCCUGUGUACAGGUGAUUUUUGACUGCUUGUAUGGACAGACAACUAAUGCUAAACUGAAGUUGAUGGCCACCCAGUUUGUACACCAUCUCUGUCUCCAUUGUACAGAUAACAAGUUCACCCCGAUUGGGCCAGUGUUACUGUCUGGUAUGGUGAAACUGGUUGGAGAAGCUAAAGAGGAUGCCAAGUUACGAGGUUUGGCUUACGUGGCAGCUGGAAAGAUUGUUAGACGGGUCCCACAAAUUGUCAGCAAAGACAUCAGCAUCGUCCAGAAGUUUUUUGAUGCCAUGUGUCAGGAAGAUACAGAAACACGGAUCUCUGUACAAGAGGCAUUGUCUCUGAUGUCCGAAGCCUUCCAGAACAUCACUGGCACAAACUCAACACUUAUGGAGGCACUCAUUAUGCAGAAUAUUGACAAGGAGCAGCCCCAGGCUCGUCUAAUGGCUGUACAGUAUGCCAAAGCUGUGUUCCCGACUGACCACAUGCCGUCCCGAUACAUCUUGUUACUGGCUAGUGGUGACAAUAAAGAGGAUGUACGCACAGAAGCGAUGAAAGCAUUGAAAUCCAAACCAAAUACAGAGAAUGUGAAGUCCCCAGUUAAACAGGAACUACCAAAGAUGCCAAAGUUUACUAGUGCCAUGAUGUACAUCAAACAAAAGGCUGACCAACGAGUUAAAACUCAGCACAAGGUGACGGCAGGGAACCAUGUGAUGGCCUUCAACUCCAUCGCUUAUGAACAGAUGGUACUGUACCUGAGGUCAUGCCUGGCCCGUGAGGCAGGUGUUAUCCCUAACACCGACUCGUUGAGUGGCAUGCAGGAACAAGCUCCGGCUGUAUCCAAAUACCUGUUGGGAAUGCUGGACUCGGACUCCCUACAGAUAUACCUCGACUUUAUCAAACACCUUCUUACUGUUGUUGGAGGAACUUCCAGUAUGUACUGUCUGUUAGAACUGGUUUCCAUGGCUCCAACAAAACUAUCCUCACAGUUCAUGAAGAACUUGGACUGGAUAAAGCGAUACAUUUUCUCCAGUAAGGAUGAUUUGAAAACCUACGCAAGCCAGCUUCAUGCUACUGUCCUGUGUCAUCAACCAGACAAGACCAAGAUCAAUGACGCCAUAACGGAAUUAUCCGACAAAGUUUCCAGCAAAAAUUUUGAAGUACAGCAGGGAUCUAUCAUAGCUCUGGGCUACCUGAUAGGUCAGUAUUUGAGGAUGAAUUCUAAUGGUAUGGAGACUGAUAGUGAAGUGGACGCCAAGUUAAUGACUGCCAUGACUACAGCGGUUCACGAUAUAGUGAAACUCCUGAAGCCCACAGACGAAGUUCCCGACCCUUUACUACCCUUUGUAUGUCUUGCCAUUGGGGAGAUAGGCAGGAACUCACCACUGCUGCUGCCAUCUGGUGCCGAAGGUGACAGUCAGGAGAAGCUAACCAAGCUGUCUUUGAUUAAAGUACUGUUAAAAAUGGUUACAUCAGGAAAGGAAACCAAUAAGACAAAAGAAAAGACAGCCUUGUGUCUUGGCUACAUCUGUGUGGGUGAGGAAGAAUUCCCAUAUCGAAAGAAAGUAAUUGAGGAGAUGAUGGAGGCAGCAAAGGCCAAACAGAUUGAGUUAAAUAUGACGAUGGGGGACGCCUUGGUGUAUAGUGCACAGGGCAUCACGUCAGUAGCAGCUAGAGAUGUGUGGACAGAAACUGAGGAAGAAUUCAAUAGCCGGACGAGUAAGAGUGUUAACGAAGUGGCAUGGUAUAUGGAUCUACUUCUCAACAAGUACAUUGUCAACGUCAACCCACAUCUUCGACAGGCUGCCUGUAUAUGGCUUUUGGCAUUAGUGAAGAGCUGCAACACUCAUGAAGUCCUUCAGUCAAGUCUUCUCCAGAUUCAGAGAGCCUUUAUGAAGAUGCUGUCAGAAAAUGAUGAUAUAACUCAGGACAUUGCGUCCAAAGGUUUGGGUAUGGUUUAUGAGGUGUGUUCCGCCAAACAGAAGGACGAGCUUGUAGCUGAGUUGGUAGAUACGCUGAUGACUGGGAAAAGAGCAAAGCAGGAAGUAACUGGUGAAAGCAAGAUCUUUGAGCAGGGAUCUAUUGGAAAAACUCCAGACGGUGGAAGUUUAUCAACGUAUAAAGAGCUAUGUUCAAUGGCCAACGAUCUCAACCAGCCUGACCUUAUCUAUAAGUUCAUGCACUUAGCCAAUCACAAUGCUAUGUGGAACUCCAAAAAGGGAGCAGCUUUUGGAUUCAGCACCAUAGCGGCCCAGGCAGGGGAACAGUUGGCACCAUACCUACACAAGCUUGUUCCCAGACUGUAUAGAUACCAGUUUGAUCCUAACCCUAAGAUCCAGCUGGCGAUGAGCAGUAUCUGGCAGGCAGUUGUACAGGACAACAAUAACACUGUCGACAAAUACAUGAAACAAAUUGCAACAGAUUUGAUAAAGAAUCUCACGAAUAAUCAGUGGAGAAUAAGAGAAUCGAGCUGUCUGGCCGUCAAUGACCUUUUAAGAGGACGACCUUUAGACGAUAUUGUGGACCUCCUGCCGGAAUUGUGGGAGUCUUGCCUCCGAGUCAGAGAUGACAUCAAGGAGUCUGUUCGCAAUGCAGCUGAUCUGGCCUGUCGGUGUCUUAGUCGUGCAUCUAUUAAGAUUUGUGAUGUCAACUAUGGCAAGAUUGGGGAGGAGGCAACUAAGGCUGUACUUCCUUGUCUACUGAAAAACAGCAUUCAGAGUUCCGUGUCGGAUGUCAGGACUAUUGGGUUGUCAACCAUACUGAAGAUCAGUAAGAACGCAGGGUCUCUGUUGAAGCCACAUAUCCCUAUCCUUGUCACCGCACUGUUAGAGGCUGUUAGUGGGCUGGAACCUCAAGUUCUUAAUUACUACAGUCUCCGUGUGUCGGACAGCCAGGCAGCCCAGAAUCAGCUGGAUAGCGCAAGAAUAGCUGCAUCUAAGAUGUCACCCAUGAUGGAAACUGUGAAUUUGUGCGUCCAGUAUGUAGAUGAAGAAGUGCUGACAGAGUUAGUUCCCCGCAUUACAGAUCUCAUUAAAAGUGGAAUAGGCAUCGGUACAAAGGCUGGAUGUUCGAGUUUUGUAAUUUCUCUUGUCCAUCAAUGUCCAAAAGAUCUCUCAACACACGCAGGGAAAUUGAUGGGGGCUUUUUUGACGGGAAUAAAUGACCGUAACUUAUCUGUGAAGAAAGCCUACGCAUCAGCAUUAGGAUAUCUAGUCAAGGUGGCCAAGGACAGCAGUGUUGAGAAGCUGAUUGCUAAGCUAAGAUCUUGGUACCUGGACAAGGAAGAGGAGACUGCAAGGUUAGCAUGUGGAUUAACUCUCCAUUCGAUGAGCCUACACAGUCCAGAUAUUCUAAAAAGACAUGCCACUCAGGCCAUGCCUCUUGCCUUCUUUGCAAUGCAUGAACAGAAACCUGAGGAAGAAAAAUCUAAGAGCCCAGAGGACAGCUUAUCUAUCUGGGAUGAAGUUUGGCUGGAGGUAACACCAGGUACUGAGGCUGGAAUCAGACUGUACAUCCAGGAAAUUGUCCAGAUCUUGAGAGAGAGCAUUGAGUCCCAGUCCUGGAAAACUAAAGCACAGGCAGCACUCUCCAUGGCAACGGUGGCCUCUAAACUUCAGGCCCAGUUAGGGCCACCUCACCUAGGCAGCCUACUGUCGGCUCUUCUGGUUGGUCUACAGGGAAAGACGUGGACAGGCAAGGAGGCUCUCCUACAAGCUGUACAGACAGUGUGUACAUCAUGCAGAAAAUCUAUGGAGAAUGCAGACACAGAAGGUCAACCAUCUAUUUCACAGGUUGUAGAGGCUGUGAUGAAGGAGUGUCGGAAGGAGAGGCUGGCCUACAAGUUAGAAGCCCUACAGUGUAUGGGUAGUAUACUGGAGGAAUACAAGCUAGACCACUUCAGGGAAAUGUGGGACAUCCUCUCGCCGACCCUUCUCAAGAAGGACAAAGAGGACAAGGAAGAGGAAGAUGAUGCGAUCAAACCAGAACAGAAACAGAACCAGUUGUUAUGUUAUUUUGAUGUUCUGGGGCAAGCCUGGCCCUCCUCACAACCUACGCAAGAUGAAUACUCACAAAGAUUCCAUGAGCUGUUAUGUUCAUCACUUCCGAGAAACACAUGGAAGAUCCAGACCAGCUUAUUGAAAACCACACACAAGUUUCUCGACAGACACUGCUAUUGCUGUGCCAAGUCUAUAUCAGAGGAUUCUAAGCGAUGCAAACCUUUACUAGAUGGAACUCUGGAGGUGGUCAUUCCAUGUAUGGAAAAUUUGAAAUACACUGUGAUACGAGCAGAAGCACUGAAUGUGAUUAAACUAAUUGUCAAUAGACUCAAAGAAUGCAAUCAACUAGCGAUAUUAUCAAAUGCAAUCCAGCAGAAAUUAAAAGAACGUCUGACACUUACGGCUGAAGGAGAAACCAAUCCAGAAAUUCAGGACAGUGCCAAGGAACUACUCAAAUCUGUACAGGGUUCCAUUCCCUGAUUUUUGUCUCUAGUAACUUAUAGUGUACACUUCAAAGUUCAAGGUCAUGUUGACCUGAAAAAAACAUUUCCAGGUCACAAGCUAUUUGUUGGCUCAUAUCAGCUGAAGAAUGAAGGUUAUAACUAUGACAGCGUUUCACAACUGAAGUGUUAAAAAAACUGAUUAUGUAUCUUAAGCAUGCAGGCAAAUGUGUCAAGAAUAUUUCAGGCCACAGAAAAGUUUGUUGACUUUUAGAUUUAUCAUUUCAACUGAAACUUUAUGGUUGCCAGGGAUUUACCUACAGUGGGAUCUAGGUCUGUUAGAAAGACCCAUUCCCCUAAAGAAAAUCUUGUGAAAAUUCCCAAUUUGCAACUGAAAAUUCUCAAAAUAGAGGUCAAUUUUUCAAGAUUAAAUAUACUUGAUGUGAAAAGACUCCAAGCAAUUUUAAAUAAAUAACACAAUGAUGAGAAUAACAAUUGAAAUAAAAAAAGAAUAAAGGUAAUGUAUAUUGAGAAGAACAUGAAUUUGUUUCAAUUUAAAUUUCCUCUGUUUUCUAAAUUCACUCUUUGUCGCAUAAAAAAUCCAAAUUCAAUGGACCCUGAAUCUGGACGAAAAAUUGUAGGAAAAUCCCUGGUUGCUAUGACAACGAUUCUCCUUAUUGCUAUACAAUGUUUCUAGUUUGUAUUGGGCGAUUUAAAACAGAACGGAAGUGCUAUUCAACAUUAGUAUUACUGUAAUUUGUAAAUCGAUCUCUUGAUUAUUGUUAUGGACUAUAUAUUAUCUACUUGGAAUGUAUUUAUUAAAAGAACGCACCCUGUUUUAAAAAUGCA